CUGGUUCAGCCCCCGUUUGGCUGUGCGCUGGCUCCGCCCACUCCCUCGCUGAGCCCUUCUCAGGAAAGGGAGUGCGCGCGCGGCCGCUGGACCUCCCCUCAGCCGACCAUGGCGCCCAGCGGCGAUCUUAUGGGGGCGGCAGAAGAUGUGGCGGAUCAGUUCUUGCGUGUGACAAAGCACUACCUACCUCAUCUGGCUCACCUCUGCCUCAUCAGCACUUUCUUGGAGGAUGGCAUCAGGAUGUGGUUCCAGUGGAAUGAGCAGCGGGACUACAUCAACAUGUCAUGGGGAAGCGGCAUAUUCUUAGCCACUCUUUUUGUAUUAAUCAACAUGUGUGGGCAGCUGGUUGGGUGUGUUCUUGUCCUAGCCAGGAAAUUUGUUCCUUACGCAUGCUUUGGCUUAUUUGGAAUCAUUUUCAUGCAGACAAUUGCCUACAGUAUUUUAUGGGACCUCAAGUUCUUAAUGAGGAACUUGGCCCUUGGGGGCGGGCUGCUGCUCUUACUCGCAGAGUCCCGUUCAGAAGGGAAGUCCAUGUUUGCUGGAGUCCCUACCAUCGAUGACAUCUCGCCACGGCAGUACAUGCAGCUGGGUGGCCGACUGCUCCUUGUUCUUAUGUUCAUGACGCUGCUGCACUUUGAACUUGGCGCCUUCACUAUUUUCCAGGACAUUUUUGGCAUGGCGCUCAUCAUUUUGGUAGCCAUUGGCUUCAAAACCAAGUUGGCUGCUCUUACCCUUGUCACCUGGCUGUUCACUAUCAACAUGAUCCAGAAUGCCUUCUGGGAUAUUCCUACCACCAGACCCCUCCAUGACUUCCUCAAAUAUGACUUUUUCCAGACCAUGUCUGUCAUAGGUGGGCUGCUGCUCGUUGUGGCAUUAGGACCUGGGGGAGUUUCCAUGGAUGAGCACAAGAAGAAGUGGUGAAGAGAGACUGUGACCAGGGCUUGGGAGCAGAGGGCUAGGGUGGGGAAGGGAGGGUUGGGGAAAGAAGGGGAGGGGGGAUGGUCUACAGCUUUUACACACUUGUGUAGGAUUUUCUUCUCCCUUGAUUGAUUUUUCUUUGAGGUUUAUCAUAGUUCACAGUUGCCUUAUCAGGGUGGGAGUGCCUUUGCCUCCCAUCCUGUUUGAGACAUGUAAAUUAAAGUCAAAUUAUUAUAUAUA